UGGGAAUAUUAUAAAACUUACGAUGUUAUGACCGGUGUUCGGAUAGCAGCGACGCUGGGCAGUUUCUUCAGCCUCAUGGUUCUUCUUGUUAUUUACAAAUCAAAAGAAUCCAAGACUGAAAAAGCACUAGAAGAUCCCAAUUUCACUGCAGCAGCGGUAGCUGAAGCUGAAGAAGAAGAAAGACAAAUUCAGCUUGCUUUAGAAGCUACAGCUUAUCAGGAACUGAAUCCUAGAAGGUCCAGCAGAAAAUCUUUAGAUAUAUCUAAUGGUUCCCAUGCGCAUCGGGGGUCAAGAAGAUUUUCUUCAGUUGGAGGAUACAGUAGCCUGUUGGAAGGGCCGAUUAGGGCGAGUCCAAGACUACCUUGUUUUGUAGACGAGGAUUCGCCACCCGAAGAUAAUAAUUCUUUAUAUGAAGAUGUUUAUUAUAAUAGUCAUCUAGAUGUGCCAAGACGGCCCAGCAACAUCACCUGUUCUUCUUCCGGAAGCUCCUACUUAGAGCGCAGGGAUUCGGCAGUGACCUUGGGCUUCCCGGCGUUGCCAGCUCACAAAUAUAAGUCUUGUAGGCGGCAGUCUUCGCCGGUGCCGGAAAUAUACGAUUUCUACUACCCCAUUGACAUACGUGUCACUCAGCCAACGCCUGGGGGAUCCCCGUGUGGCAGCGACAGAGCUAUAUACGACAGGGUCGUAGAUCAACCGAAUUUGAAACCGAAACUAGCUCCACUGGCUUCCAUCAGCAGCUGUAAUAGUUCCUUAGGUACCGAUUAUCCAGAUUGUGAAGGGCUCUCGUACGUAGGCAGUACCUAUCCGGACGAAGAGGAAGAAAAUACAGAAAAUGGCGUCGAUCCUUUCGAUACAGAUAGCGAUGUCAAUAGUGAAGAAGGUGCUUGUUAUGAUAAAAGAACUACAGUGUGUGUUGUGUCGGAAAAUACUUCACCUACGAUUAGUGCUGAUAAUCAAAGAACAACAAUGGAACAACUUUGUACACCAAGCAAUAGACCGGAUUUCAGCAGAGCAUCAAAAUCAUCUUCCACGUUGUUUGAAUCAACACGAUUACCACAAAUUUCCUUAACGGACGUACACAGAUUGUCUUCAUCUAGCGGUACCUUAGAAAAGAAGUACCCCUGGAGCCAAGAGACUUUAUUUUAGAUAUAUGUUAACGUUGUGAGUUGUGGAACAUAGUGGCUGUAGAUUAUUAUGUAUUAGUACUUCGAUGGUAUUAAAAAUAACCUUAACAAUCAAAGGUUUUAUAAUAAGUAUUAUAAUAGAAACAAAACGAAUUUUCAAACGGGUAAAAUUAUCCACAGAAUGAUCUAUGUAAAAGCGUAAAAGUAUUUUUAGUAUUUUUAAAUACAGGGUAGGAUAGUUUAAAUGUUACAUUCUACAAAUUUCAAUUUAUUAUCGAUUUAAAUCAAAAGCAACGUGAAAUGAUAUAGUAAAUAUAAUUGAUUAUCACAAAAUAAUUCAACUUAUAUUCGAGUAUAAUUUUCUUUCUAUAAAUAAAUGUCUUAGUAUUCAAAUUUUGUAAUAAAAAAAUUGUAUUUGCGCAUAUUUGAAGUGAAACUUCUUACUAACAGCUUUUAAAUUGAAGG